GAGUAUGGCUUGAUGUAGCUGAGUUACAUAUCAACGUCUGUGCAUAUCAAAGCAAUCAAUCUGACAAGAUGCUUGCAACCUACCACUGCUUAAACACCGGUGGCAGUCGGUUCAUCGAACGACGUUUCAUCGACACGCGAUGUUUCAUCGACAGCUCAGAUUAGCGUUUUUUCUGUAAUAAGCUGCAGGAGAUUGUCGCCGCGAAGCGGCGUGUACGGUUCGGUCAGGUUGGUUAACAAUUUAACAUUUUGGUAAUGAGCCGCUCUAGACUGGCGCAGGCGGGGGUGGGGUUAACGCGCGCCCGUGAUGCACGCGUGACGAAAUGUUCCGGCCUACAGCGUGCGAUUCGCGUAACGAGUGUCGACAAAGCAUGUGUCCAUGAAAAGUUCACGAAACGAGUUUCGAUGAAAUGAUAGGGACCCUCGUUGCACCUCGGCAGUCUGAAGAGAUGAAUGAAUGGAAUAUCUCAGAACAUGAUGAAAAACGUCUACGAAAGGAUAAUUAGGAUAGGGCCAGCUUGAACUUGGGAGACGAAAUAACGUGAAAAACAAAGAUAUCAGAAAGAGAUAGAGAUACUGCUGGUAGACCAACACUGUCUACCAAAGAUUGGACGUGAAAAACAAAGGACGAGUCGAAUGUACAUACUUGCUUGCCGAUGGCAAGCAAGUACGGCAAUGACCUUGCAGAUAUUCGUGAUUCCUUCGUGAUGAUUAACGUGAUCAAUGAAAUGUGAGCGGCUGGUGAACGGGUGAAAUAUGAAAAGUACGAGCAGUACGAGUACAAGGUACGCGACAGAUGGCGCAACGUGUGAGACGUGUUUAUGUUUUUUCAUUCGAAGAUAACAAGGCACCUCAAUUAAGAAGAACAUGUAUUCAUUUUUAUUUUAUAAAACGAAAUACACUCUAACUUAGCGUUCGAACGGCACUUUUUAUCAGGUAUAUUCCAUCACACUUUCAUUGUUGUUGUUUUGUUUUUCGUUACUUCAGUAACAUAUAGCAGCUUAGCAGACGAUCACGCGCAACGGGUAACGACACUCGAAUUCAAAUAACGACGACUUCUCGCGCAAACCGUUUUCAACUGCACGGAUUUAAAGGCUCUGGGAAUGAGUUUUAGAGGAAGGCAUCUUGACAGGAUCGGCCUCCCCGGUUACUCUCACCGACGUCGCAACAGCAGACAGCCGACGGAAGCCAGCGACGACGGACAACGCCGCCGAACCGCCGACGCGCGCUGGCGCUCCGAGAUGGCCAGCUGUUUCGAAGCUCUCCGGCCUCUCAUUCCUCCACCGGCUCAAUUCCACCGACGUCGCGGAGGCCGCAGCGCCCUACUCAGGGCUGCCACCGAGCACCUCCUAUACCUCGAAGGCGUGCUAUCCGAUCUCCUUAAAGACGGAAACCACAGUAGCGACAGCAGUCGACUGCCACGAACGAUCGAAGAGUUUCGUGACGAGUUUCUCAACUCCACAAACCUGCUACCGCCGGCGCGUCGACGAAGGAGAUGCCGAAGACGCAGCGAGCGCUCGGAAGAGGUGGUCCUCUCCUUAGAAGACCUCGUACCCGAAGAUCCCCCAACGACGUUUACUGGCGUCAGGGGACCGAACGUCAUCGUACGCGCCGCCAACGUCGCCCGAGCUCCACUGGGCGACAUCACCAACGCUCCGAGAGGCUCCCGCCGUUGCGGGGAUGUUGGUUCGUCGGACAGAUUUGGAGGAGCGAGCUCCACUUCGUCCCGUCGCGUGGAUAAUUUGGACAGUUUUUACGAAGACGGGGUUGUGCUGUCGCUGCCUCCUUGGAACGUCGCCCCUCAGGUCGUGCCCGGCAGUUUUGGAGACGACGAUUAUUCUUCGUCGGAAUACGAGCUGCUGGAAGCGCUUCAGGUCGUUCCGUCGGCUGACGCCGAAUCGGCCGUGAUUAUUCAGGAUCCCAUGCUGGGGACAGCGCAGUCGCCGGGCUCUGACAGUCCCAAGAAAUCGCCACCGCUGUACGAUGCCCAGUUACCCGAACAGUGGAUCCUCGGUUCGGAGGUGGACUGGAUCGUCGAUCAGAGAAUAUCCCAGUCGAGCCAAGAAUUUUGAAAUCCGGUCAUCGACGCGAAUUCAUCUACUAAUCAAAUAGUUUUUUU